GUUCCAUGUCACGCACGCAGGUAUUAUUAUACCGAGUAACUGUCGCUUUGGAUGAGCAGUCAUGUCGUCCGCAAUCGUCCAACAGCUGGUGAAAGCUGUGAACACGGCAAUGAACCCAUCAGUGGACCACCAAAAGCGUCUAGAUGCGUAUCAGGUGUGUGAAGAAUUUAAAGAGAAGUCACCUGAAUGUGCAGCAUGUGGUAUUGAGUUGGUUGGUUUACAUCAUUCACCUGUUAUAAGACAUUUUGGUUUGCAGCUUCUGGAGCACUGUGUUAAAUUUCGUUGGAAUUCAAUGGGCCCUGAAGACAAAGUGACCUUUAAAGAGACCGUGAUGCGGCUACUCAGCACGGGGACACUAGAUAUUUUAAAUGAGCAGCUGUACAUCAAAGACGGUUUGUCAAGAAUUGUGGUGGAAAUGGUGAAACGAGAAUGGCCACAAAACUGGCCUACGUUAUUAAGUGAGCUGAAUUGUCUUUGCGGACAAGGGGAAAUUCAAACUGAAUUGGUAUUGUUAAUGUUUUUGAGGUUAGCGGAGGAUGUGGUGGCAUUCCAAACACUGCAGUCACAGAGAAGACGAGAUGUACAACAGGCCCUGACGGCAAAUAUGUCAGAACUUUUUUCGUUUCUUCUAGCGUUAUUGAAAACGCAUACAACUCAGUAUCACUUGAUGAUGAAUGCAAGUACUGAUGCUGAGAAAACCAAGGCCAUGGCACAUUGUCGGGUAGCGCAGGCAGUCUUGAUGGCAUUCACAGGGUACGCUGAAUGGGCUCACAUCAGUAAUAUAACGGCACAAGACAAUGCACUUCUGCAGAGUCUCUGUCUGCUACUCAAUGAUAAAGAACUGAAAGAAGGCGCAGCGGAAGUCUUGCAAAUGAUUGUAAACAGAAAGGGCAAGGUUGAAGAAAGAAAACCUCUGUUAGUGUUAUUCAGUGAGGAUGCCAUGUCGCUUAUACUUCGAGCCGCUGAGUCGGCAGCUGCGGAAGGGAUGGAUGAGAGAAACUACGUCUUUCUGAAACACCUUUGUCAAGUAUUAACUGGUCUUGGUAGUCAGCUGUUUGUUCUCUGGGGUGCAGAGUCCACUGACGUAGGACAGCCAACUAACUUCAACAAGUAUUUACAAGCCAUCUUAGCAUUUACACAGCAUCCAAGUAUUUAUUUAAAAGACUUAACACAACCACUUUGGUCAUCUUUCUUCCGGCAUGAUAUUAUUUCCCAGGAUGCCCUUGUACUUAGUGCCAUUCCAAGUUUUCUGACGACAGCAAUGAAAAACUUAACCAAGUAUGGUUUCCCUUCCCAAGAUAACCAUCCCAGCUGUGCAUAUUCAAGAUUAGACUUCGAUACGGAUGAAGAGUUCAACCAUUUCUUCAAUUUGUUCCGAGCACACCAGAUAGAGUCCAUCAGAUUUUGCAACAGAAUCAAACCUUUAAUAUCAUUCGACCUUGCGAAGCAAUGGCUAAGGCAACAGCUUAGUGCCCCAACCGACAGUAACACUCCAUGCAGUCUACAUUCUCAAGUUUACUUAGACUGGGAUGCCAUGACUUGUUUUGUAGAAUGUGUGAUGCAAAAAGUAUUUUUAUUAGAAAUUCCACCCAUUGCAGAAUGCACCGAAUUAUUAAGCCAAGUUUUGUCGUAUCAAGUUCAGGAUCCGCUAUUACUGUCAUGCGCCCUCACUUGUGUCUCGUCAUUAUUUCCUGUUAUGAAGUAUUCCACACAGUUGCUACCACGUGUGCUACACAGGUUGUUUGACUGUGUUGUAUUCUCCUUGCCUGGUCAAACCAAGACCAGAAGCCGUCCAGUUCAAAACCCUUUUUUUGAUGAAAUCUACGAUAAGGUAAAGAACUUGAGUACAGACUUGGAAGAGCUUACGCAGCUUGAGAAAAUCACGCUGCUAGAAGCCCUUAUACUGCUCAGUAAUGAAGUCAAGAACUUUGAACAACAAAAGGCUUUUAUUGAUGAAAUAGCUCUGCCGAUUCAACAGAUAUGGCUUUCAGAUACAAUGAAAAUGGCAUUUUCCUCAGCCAUUAAUUUCAUUCACCACAUUGGACUAGACACUCAGCCGGUUGCACCAAGCACUGAAGACGUUGUCGGUGUGAAUAGAUCCAAUAUCGUGUACUGCAUCAACACUAUUCUAGCAAUGUUGAAGAGAAGCAGAUGGCCCAGUGAUCUUGAGGAAGCCAGAGUUGGUGGUUUUGUGAGUGGUCAACUUAAGAAUGAUGUUCCUGUAUUGAAGAAUCCAUGCAUGAGUGCUGCAUCUGUUCUACUUGAUAACGUCUUCUCACUGAUCAGGACAUUCAAUCAUCUGUGGUUACCUGAGAUGAGGGCUAAACUAUCUCCUGAAUACAGCAAAGUUUAUGAUAUGCAAGAACAUGAGAAAUUAGCGGCUUUAGGUAUCAAUACAGCUUAUCUCUCUGGGGAAACCGCUGCUGAAGUUCCUGUCAAUAAAUCACCAGUGGAACGAAUGCAUAAUUUUAUAGCCAUUAAUCAUGAUAACUGCUACCAUAUUCUGGCGAAUGCUGGACUGUGCCUCGGUUACGAGUACUACACAGUACCUAAGCUGACUCAGGUCAUCCUGAAUUCAAUAUUUGUUAACAUGGAACACAUACCAGAUCACAGACUCAGGCCAAUCAUCCGUGUCUUUAUGAAAUCAUUCACGCAGUACUGUCCUAGUGAGUGUCACUCCACAGUGCUUGUACCAAUACUGUAUCAACUGUGUUCGUUUUUAAUCACUAAACUCAGCGCAAAAUGGGAGGUUAUACGUAAGAGAAGUGAAACAAGCACAGAAAAAGACAAUGAUGAUGACCAGGAAUCCCAGGAAGUUUUGGAAGAUCAGAUGACAAGAUUGCUCACAAGGGAUUAUAUAGAUUUACUAACUUUAUUAUUUAGAGCUGGCAAGACAGCUGAGAGUAGUGUCACCAUGGAUAUGGGAGGGGAGGAUGAAAUGGACACCAUAGCAACAGUCGGUGAUGACAAGGCCACUGUGAGUGAACUGGGCAAAUGUCUGUUGGAAGAUCAGUCCCUAUGUGAGAUACUGUUGAUGUCCACUUUUUCACCGCUAGCAUGGGCCGAUACAACAACCUGCAUGAAAGCUGUCAACAUAUGCAAAUUAGUUUUACAACUGGUGGUGUCCAAACCGCUACCUGCAGACGCAUCCACUCAGCUGUUUGUCAUGGUAUUGUGUGGGUUACAAGUUCACGGCCAGCAUGACGCGUGUCAGGCGGCACUGGUUGGCCUUGCAUUUGAAGCAUACUGCGCAAUGAGACCCAUGUACGAAGAGAUUGCCUCAGUCCUGCUGCAAAUCCCAGACUGUAGUUACGACAAUGUUAAGAAAUUUGACGACAGAUUCAUUCUGAUGAAUGCAGCCAAUAAACCAGUAUCGGAAAAACGAAAAAAAGACGCUUUCAAGAAACUGAUCUCUGGAGUUAUAGGGCAAGCUUUGGGUGAGCAAUUCAAGAGACACGUCCACAUUCGGGAUCUGCCGCCAUUAUUCAAGUCAACGAAGAGAAGACUUCGUCCAGUUCUUGAGCAAGAUUCCACAGAAGCUGGGCUUGUAUCGCUCUUUAGUGGAAACUGAGAACAUUUGUAUUUUAGAUUCACAGUUUUGUUUAUUUAAACGAAAAACAUCCAGGUCAUUUUUAUUUUUUAAAUCUUAAAACUGAGAAAACUUUUUAAAAUUCAAAAAGUUGGCCUUUGAGAUUCUGUUCUGUAAAUUAACGAAAAAUUGAUUUUCUGAAUUUGACAAUAUACACCAUGUGAUCAAAUUAUAUAAAUUGAGAAGCUAGCAAUAAAUCACUGCCACUGCAAUUUAAUUUAUACAUCAGUGCCCCUCACUGUCUAGACAGUAAAAUAUAUCACACAACAUACACACAGAAUUGCAAUUUUUAAUACUAAAGAGUCCAAUAUUACAUGUACACACUAAAUUAGGUGUGUAAUGCCAAAUAAAUAUUGUUUAUUUGUAGAUGAAGAAAUGUACAACUGAAAUAAAUUUCUGUUAUUUCAUAUUU